AUGAGCUACUUCGCACUUUCCCCAAACCCUCGCAACUCCGGCGCGGAUAGCCCUGGGUCCUCUGUGUUCGACCUUCCCACCCAGCCCGGUCCUGCCCAUGCGACACCAGAUAGAUCAUCCAGUGUGGCUACUGGAAAAUCAACAGGGCUUCUGACGUCGCUUUCUGGUGAAACAUCUUUCGUAGUCAUAUCUGGUGGUACGGGAUGCAACUCCAUCUGUCCCGCGUUUGGCCGUUCGGCCUGUUACAUUCUCCCAGUCUCGGACGACGGAGGUUCUUCAAGUGAAAUCAUUCGCGUCUUGGGCGGACCAUCGAUUGGUGACAUCCGCUCGAGGCUCGUUCGCCUGAUACCUCCUGCGAGGCCUGGCGCACCUCUAGACGCCAUUCGCAACCUCUUAGCGUACCGCCUCCCUGCAAAGUGCACUGAACAGGAAGCGCGUGAUGAAUGGAGGGACAUUGUAGAGGGCCGCAGCCGACUAUGGACGGGCAUUCCCAAUGAUCGCAAGGAAAUGAUCAGAGCCUUUCUUGUCCGUUUUGAGCACGAGAUUCUGUCGCGGGCGCAUAAGAACUUUUCGUUCGUGAACGGAAGCAUCGGCAAUUACUUCCUUUCCGCUGCGCAGCUCUUCUUCCACUCGCUUCCUUCCGCUAUAUUCCUCUUCUCUUCUAUCACGAGCAGCGAGGCGAACAUCUUGCCUGUGAUCGUAACGAACCAUACGGUCACUAUCGCCGCAGAACUGGACAACGGGGAGCGACUGGUCGGGCAAUGCGAGAUUUCUCAUCCUGUCCGACAAGCACCUCGCAUAAGCGUAUACGGAGAAGACGAUGCGGCGGUCGACCCAUUGGACGGAACACUACCUCGCAGUCGCAACGUCCUAUUCGAGGCGGAAGGGAAGAACGACUAUGAGCCUCUCAACGCGCGCAUUAGCAGGUUAUUCUACAUCAAUGCAUACGGGAAUGAGAUCCAUCCCUCGCCGAAUCCUGACUAUUUGUAUUCUAUGUCGCGAUACAACGUGCUGGUGUACUCAUGUGGGUCUCUCUGGACAAGCAUCAUCCCCUGCCUCGCUCUGAAAGGCGUUGCGAAUGCUAUUGCCGGUUCGCGAUCAUUGAAGGCGAAGGUGCUUCUUUUAAACUCGACUAACGAUCGAGAAACCGAUGGGUACAGCGCCGUGGACUACAUUCGCAUCGUCGCACGAACGUUGAACGACGGUCAUCACGCGAAGACGUAUGGGGGCCUCAGCAAGGCUGAUACGACGUGGCCCAUCUCAGCUUUCAUCACGCACCUUGUCUACCUGAAGGGUACUGCAGUCGAGGUUGACAUAUCCCAGAUCACCUAUUUGGGGGUGCGGUGUAUUGAAGUAGAGGGGCCGAUAGACGAAAGGUCCCAGCUGCCGCAGUUCGACGCAUCCUCCGUCACCCUGGCGAUUCGUGAGAUUCUAGAUAGCUUUGCGGACGAAUAG